CGGUGGUGAUGUCACAGGUCCCUGACAUUCCACGUAUCCAGGAGAUGAAGGCUGGGGAAGCCGAAGACCUUCCAGGAGAGGGCCAUGGCAGCGAACAGAGGAGCGGGGACCUUCUUAUCUGUCUUCCUGCUGUGCUGCUGGCGAGAUGCCGCACGUCCCUGGCCGAAUAGAGAGCCGUCAGGUUUUGGUUGUAAACAACUGCCAAGUUAUAAAACACUGGAUGAUGAUGUAGCUACAGUGUUUGAUGAAAUACUAGUCCGGGAGAUUUUGGAGCCAGAAAAAACAUCGUAUUUUGAAGAUGAAAGCCCAUCAAUAACCUCACAACUAAAAACAACGAAGGAUAAAAAAGUCAACACAUACGAAUCCAGUGCUCCUAAGAAACAAGAGAAGCAACAAUCUUCUGGGACCAUAGAUAUCCUUUCCUUUGACGAUGAGGAGAAAGAAACACUUUAUCAGCUAAAAAGCCUCGAAGCUCUGGAGAAAAUCAUUAAAACAAUUCGAAGAGCUCUCGGAACUCACCUCAGGAAAAAACUGAAGCUUCAGAAAAGCACGAGAACCAGACAACUCCUGGGGGGCUAA